AUGAUCAACGCUGCCAUCGUCAUGGGAGUGCAGGAGGUUGUGGACAUCGUCAAGGGUAUUUUAAGCAACCCUACAAUGGAGAACGUCAAUUUGUACACCAGCAUCAUUAAACGUGUGGGGCUGGACAUCUCGCUGCUGGACCAGGAAAAGAUCUAUCGUCACGGAUUUACCGACCUGAAACAGAACUCAGUCUUUCUGGGGAUCUGUGUUGACGAGUUUGAAGGAAUACUCAUGGACCCUGAGGUCAUGGUCACCAACGAGGCGGAGACGGUGGAGAUGAUCAUCAGCUGGAUCCAGUACAAUUACUUACAACGGAUCGGCUUCUUGGACCAACUGCUUCGUCACGUCAGCUUUGAGUGCAUCCCUCCAGCAGACUUGGUGGCGCUCUCUGAGAAAUACAGCCACAUCUUCGAAACCAACGCCGGAAACAGCUUCCUAUGCCAGGCAUUCAAGUACCACGCCCUGCAUUCACGAUUGCCCUGUGUUCCAACUGAAGGAACUCAACAUAUUGAUGAAAUGAAGCCAUCCGAUAAUAUCUCCAACAUAUCCAACAUCUCCCAAGAAUCAAAAAGACAAGCAUCAGAGGACAACCAAUCCCCGAAAGAGUAUUUACCAGAGGAGGGAUUGACAGCAAUUAAAACGACACUAUGGGGUCCGCAAACGCCAACAGAACCUGACUCGUUUGUCCCCCCUGGACGAACUAGUGAUCCAACUUCCGCAACUAACAACAGAUCACCACCGACUGCCACGAGAUCCUCCUCGUCUACUCCAGCAGCUAACAAUGGAACGCAGUCAGGUACGUCUUAG